AUGGAAGAUCAACUGUUGGAUCAGGAUAAUAUCUUUGAGGCCUCGACCACUGAGAUCUCCCAUAUUACCGCAGUGCUUUCUGCCAUUGCCCAGGUGGGGACCAAUGCAAAGCUUUUCAUCGGUAGUGAUGGGUUGAUCUUUGUUUGUGAGAACGUCCAUACCAUCAGGGCGUCUGCUACUUUUGACAAAGGGUUAUUCGAAUAUUACCUGUUUCGUCCCAAACCUGAUGGGCAAAAUCAAGAUAAAAGCAAAAAUAAUAAUACUGCUGCAAGUGAGACAGAUGUUUCUAGCGAUGAUGAUGAUAAUAAUAAUAACCAGGCCAAUGGGUUGAGUCAGAAAGUGAAACAGAUCAGAAAACAUGUUAGAGAAACUAUUAAAAUAUGUCUUGAUAUAUCCUCUGUUGUUGAAUCAUUCAUGAUUGCUUCAUCAUUAUCGAAAGUGAACAAAGAGAAUGUCAAGAAUGUAACGGUGCGUUGCAAGCUUUGUUAUAAAGGACCGGGGGAAAACUUUGAAAUCUCAUUUUCGGAUCCUUUGAUCACUGAAGACUGUAUGUUCUCAACAUUUGUCGAUAUAGAAGAAGAAGACCAGCGACAUUUACAAUUAGAUACUGGUGCGUUGAUUUUGGAAUCGACACUACAAGCAGAUGUGAUUUAUGAUGCCCUCAAUAAUUUGAAGGAUAUGAAUGUUCAAGAGCUUUAUAUCUAUGCUGCAAACAAGAUGACCAACCAGAAAACAUUGGAUGAUGGAAGAGUCGAGCAGAAUCAAUUGAUGUUUAUAUCGAAGGGAGAAAUGGGGUAUUCAAGGUUUGUGUUUCCCGAGUUGGAAAAACUCGUCAUUAGGCAGUACGAUCCCACGGAAUAUCAAUUCAGAGUGGUGAAGAACGACUUCAUUGUCAGUGUUUACAAAUUUGAUAUGUUCAAGAAAGUCAUGAAGGCGGUGAAACUCAGUUCUAAGAUUCGUAUUAGAAAAGAUAAUAAAGGGAUAAUUAGUGUCCAUCUAUUGACGGCGUGUAACAUUGAUGGUAUAAGUGUUAACCCCAAGAUUUUCGGGGUGGUCCCCAAGGGGAACAACAUUAGAGAAAAUCCUCCGGAUUUGGGUAGGAGAAAACCACUAUAUGAUGGAACCAUCAUUGAAUUUAUCCUAUUGGAGCUUGUGGUGAAUGAUGAUGAUGAUGAUGGUGGUGGUGGGGAAGAUCCAUUCGACAAGAGAGAGAUCAUUGAAUUGAUCAAUAACGCCGAAGAUGGAUCGGGAUCACAUUCGAAAAAACGGAGGAGGACUCGAUCUAAAAGAUUAACUGAAGAUUACAGACCUUCUGGGGGCCUUGAUGUUGUCAAUGCCUUGAAGAAGAAACAACAACAACAACAACAACACCACUCAGUUAUUGAUCAAGGGAAUUACAACGAUUUGCCAAUAAUCAUCAACACCUCCAGAGGAAUCAAUGAUAUUUUGCACAACAUUACGGUGAAUAAAGGAGAUGGUCCACUAGCAGAAGGAUUUUUGGAUGAUGGGACUGUUCUAGAAAAUGACUACGAAAUCGAUGAUAAUGAUAAUGAUUUUUUCUUUUGA